GCAAGCUCAAUGCGGAAUUGGCCAACGGACGGCUGGCCAUGAUGGCCAUCAUCGGCAUGUUCUUCCAAGACGGCCUCACAGGCUCCGCCUGGGGCGACUGGGCCAACUACACCGACUCUCCCCUGCGAGCCUUUGAGAACGAGACUGGUGUGCAGCCACCUGUCGGCUUCUGGGACCCCUUGGGCCUUUCGACCAGCGGCAACCUCUCUGACUACAAGAGGAGGAGAGAGGUGGAGCUGAAACACGGCAGAGUUGCCAUGUUCGCCACCAUUGGCUAUAUCCUCCCUGAAUACUGGAGAUUCCCCGGCUAUUUGUCCAAGUUCCUGGGCAUCAAAUUCUCGGAGGUUCCCAAUGGCCUGAGCGCUUUCUCCAAGG